AUGGCUGCGGCUAUAGGGCAGACCAAAGCGUUCGUAAACGCGUUGACCCCCUCACCUCCUCCUUCCAUCCUCACCUCAAGCGCCGCACAAGGAAUGCGCCCCCUUUCCGCAGCACCACCGGCAGCAGUAGCAGCAGCAGCAGCAGCAGCAGCUCCCGCCAGCAAUGCGCUACCUUUCCCCAACAUCACGCUCCCCUCGCCUAGCAAUUUCCGCCGCCCCUCCGUGCUUCCGCUCUUCCCCCACGCCUCGUCCGUGGGCAGCAGCGCGCAUGAGUCCGCCUCUAGCCGCUUCCCCGUCCCCCUUCCGCGCUCCCCAUCCAUCAAAAAGCCCCUGCCCCAGAACCCCCUUCCCCAAAGCAACCUUUCUCAGAACACCCUUCAACAGAACAACCUUUCCCAGAACCCCCUUCCCCAGAGCAACCUUUCCCAGAACCCCCUUCCCCAGAGCAACCUUUCCCAGAACACCCUUCCCCAGAACAACCUUCCCCAGAACCCCCUGACCCAGCAAUCCAGUGGAGUGUCGGCCCAGGCUGUCGAAUUCGCGGUCGCAGCAGCUGCAGCUGCUGCAGGGAGUGCGGGUGGUGCAGGUUCAGCUAAGGUAGGGCCAACUGGAGCGAGUUUAGGUGGUGCUGCUGCUGGUGGGGCAGGCGGUGGGCUUGGGCAGGGUGCUCUCCGGCGGACUGACGGCGCAGCAGCAGGCGCAGGUGCAGCAGGAGAUGCAGCGGUUGGAAGCUGGCCAGAGGGGGGGUGCACCGGUGCAGGUGUAUCUGGUGCAGGUGGCGCUGCUGGUACUGGACCGUCCAGUGCGGUGCUGAACGGUGCUGGCGCUGUUGGCCCAGGGAUUGCUUUUGGUGGGGCGGCUGCUGGUACAAGUGGUGGCGCUGGCGCUUCAAAUGGUGGAGCUGCUACGUGUGGUGGGGUGGCUGCUUCAGGUGGUGGGGUGGCGGCGUCAGAUGCCAACGACCAGGCAGCAGCAGCAGCAGCAGCAGCAGCAGCAGCAGCAGCAGCAGCAGCAGCAGCAGCAGCAGCAGCAGCAGCAGCAGCAGCAGCAGCAGCAGCAGCAGCAGCAGCAGCAACAACAACGACAACAAGAGCUACAGCAGCAGCUGCAGCAGCAGCAGCAGCAGCAGCAGCAGGCACAGAAGCAGCAGCAGCAGCAGGCACAACAGCAGCAGCAGCAGCAACAGCAACAGCAGCUGCAGCAGCAGCAACAACAACAGCAACAGCAGCUGCAGCAGCAGCAACAACAACAGCAACAGCAGGCACUACAGCAGCAGCAGCAACAACAGCAACAGCAGGCACUACAGCAGCAGCAGCAACAAGAUCAGCAGCAGCGUCUAGCACAGGUGUUGCUGCAGCAGUCAGGGCAAGUGGACAGGCCGACAGGGACAGGCGGCUCUGUGACCAUCCAUGGGCUGGCUGGGGACAGGCAGAGGGCAUAGCUUCAGGAGAGGCAGAUAAGGCGGCAGCUACGGCUGGGGAAAAGGGGGAUGGAGGAGGCAAGGGAGUGGGAGGAGGGGAGGGAGGGGAGGAGGGGAGGGAGGGGAGGGAGGAGAGGGAGGGGGGAGUGGUGGCGACAAGGGCGGUGGAGGAGAGCUCUUUGGUGACCUCGCUGCCUUCUCUUCCCUUCCGCCCAAGACCGCUGCCGCUCCUGCCGCUGCUGCCCCUCCUGCCCCCUGCUGCCCCUGCCGCUGCUGCCCCUCCUGCCCGUGCCGCCCCUGCUGCUGUUGUCCCUGCCCCCUCUGCUAGACCCCCUGCCCCCGGCUGCCGCCCCCGCCCCUGCCGCCACUGCUUCUGUAGUCCCUCCUCCUGCCGUCGCUGUUGUCCCGUCCUUCCUCUCAGCGACACCGACGUGGCUACGGCAGGUUUAACUGGGACAGGUACUACUGGGGCAGAUUCAACUGCGGCUCAUGCUGCUGCUGGGUAG